GCCAAGAUAAAAAUCCUUUCUAGAUACUUAUCCUUUUCCAGUUUAAAAUUAAGUCUCAAGAAAACAACUGUCUUUAUAUAAAAAAACAAAACUUGACCCUUCUCAAUUAGUUCAUUUUCAAAGUUGGGUUUUGUAUUUUGGAUAAUAUCAAUUGGUUUUAAUUAUCUGUUUUGGUGGAAAAAUCAGAUCUUGGAGUUGGGUUUUGUGUGAAAAAGUUGAAGAAAAUGGCAAUGAGGAAGAAAUGUGAAGAUAAUGUUGGAUUAGCAGGGCUUGUGAGAAGUACUUCAUUUGGGAGGAAAAGAAUUUUUUUGCCUGAAAUUGUGGAUGUUGAUGAUUUCAUUUCCACUACACCAACCAAGAAACUCUGUAGGCAGAAUUCAUUUUCCAGUUCUGUGAAUGUGAAGUCUCCUCUUGAAGUUUUGCCUCAAGAUAUUCUGAUAAGGAUAGUGUGUGGAGUUGAUCAUGAUGAUCUAAAGAGGUUGUUUCAUGUAUCAAAGGCGAUUAGAGAAGCGACUGUGGUUGCAAAAAAAUGGCAUUUUGAAUAUAAUACACCAAGAAAGACUGUUGGUUUUAAGAAUGCUACUACUGAUAUGGAGAAUUGGAGUGAGUCAUAUGAAUCUGAAGCGCCAAAUGCUCCUAGGCAAUCGAAGGUUCCGAGGUCUCGUUUGAGCCGGAAGAAACUGGCUGAUAUAUCUGUUUCCUUGUUCACAUCAGAUGGUGAAGAAAAUUGGCCGCGGAGAGAGUUGUUUAUGGAAAUGGAUACUGAGAUGUAGAUUGUGGUUAUACGUGCCACUUGUGCAUAUUCUAUUUGGUGCGUACCUCGACUAUUCCUUAUCAUGCAUAUCAAGACUUAGACAAAUGGGAAGAUAUGCUUUAUUAGAUUAGUUAAAGGCAUUGUUGUAGAAAUCAUAGUCAAAAGAAAGGAUCCAUCGGAAAAUAGUUAUCAGAUUGCAGGUUCUUGUGUACAUGUCACAACAAUCUUUACAAGCCAUUGUUGUUCUUCAACCCUUUCAUUGAAGAUGGGGUGGCUUGUUUGUAUUUGUAGAGAGAUUAAUUUAGGUAUUCUGUUUGGAAGGGCUUUGCUGGCGCUUCUGAUCUCAUAAGAAAUUUUGGUUGUAUAUAAGAGUCUGGUCUUUCGUUGUACAAUUUGUUAAUUUAAGGGAAUAAAUAUGUAAUUCCACUUCAUCUCUGACUUGUUUGCAAA